CACUCCGCUUCUUCUCCUCAUGCUUCUUCCGAUUCUGCUUCUCCUUCUAUUUCCCACCCUCUCCCCCGUGCAUGCAUGGUCUUGCACAAACUCUCCUCUCGUUUGGAAGUAUCCACCCCCGUCGCAACUGCGGGAGCUUCCGAUCGACCGGGAUUACAUGUUGAUUUUGUUGCAGAUACCAAGAUAAAGUUGCCUUUCAAUAUUUUUCUUAUCUUCCUUUUCACAUGUGUACAGGUCAGCGUAGUUUUACAGUGUAAUUGUGCUGCAAUCGAAAUUCUUUUAAUCGGAAACAGGAAAUUUUACUUAAGGGCGACGAACAUCAGAAAAUCCCUGAGAACAUCAAGAUGGCGGCUGUGACACAGUCCUUGAUGGUUCCGGCAGUGGGAGCAUCCCAUGGCCAAAUUCAUAGUAGUAACAAAUCUCAAACGCCAGCAAGGGUGGGUCCUCUAGGCAGGAAAAAAGCGCAGAUUAAGAAUUCUUCAGUGCCCAGCACAAGGAUUCAGUCGUUUUCUGGAAUGCGUAAGGCUUCAGUAAUUGAUGCUUUGACUGUGAAACAAGGACGGGAUUUCAAAUCCACUGUGGCAGCUGCGCUUGCGGUGGAUAAUCAAGAAGGGACCUCCAAGGGUGUCAUUACGGCAAUGUUCGAACGAUUUACCGAGAAGGCCAUCAAGGUUAUCAUGUUGGCUCAGGAAGAAGCCAGGCGUUUAGGGCACAACUUUGUUGGUACGGAGCAGAUUCUCCUAGGCCUUAUCGGAGAGGGGACUGGAAUUGCUGCUAAGGUGUUGAAGUCCAUGGGUGUAAACCUUAAGGAGGCUCGUGUGGAGGUAGAGAAGAUCAUUGGCCGUGGUAGUGGUUUUGUGGCUGUUGAGAUUCCGUUCACACCCAGAGCUAAGCGAGUCCUUGAGCUGUCACUUGAGGAAGCUAGGCAGCUCGGUCACAAUUAUAUAGGAACCGAGCAUCUCCUCCUGGGUUUGUUGCGGGAGGGUGAAGGUGUUGCCGCUCGUGUCCUUGAAAACCUCGGAGCAGACCCUAGCAAUAUACGGACUCAAGUAAUUCGGAUGGUUGGCGAGAGUACUGAGUCUGUAGGUGCUGGAGUGGGUGGUGGUAGCAGUGGCAAUAAGAUGCCUACUUUGGAGGAAUACGGUACAAAUUUAACGAAGCUUGCUGAAGAGGGGAAGUUGGACCCUGUUGUUGGAAGACAGCCGCAAAUUGAGCGUGUGACUCAAAUUUUGGGCCGAAGGACAAAGAAUAACCCUUGCCUUAUUGGAGAGCCUGGAGUUGGAAAAACUGCAAUUGCUGAAGGAUUGGCUCAACGUAUUGCAACUGGCGAUGUGCCUGAAACCAUUGAGGGCAAGAAAGUUAUCACCCUGGAUAUGGGAUUGUUGGUAGCUGGUACAAAGUACAGGGGAGAAUUUGAAGAGAGGCUUAAGAAGUUGAUGGAAGAGAUCAAACAAGCUGACGACAUUAUCCUUGUGAUUGAUGAAGUACAUACACUUAUUGGUGCUGGUGCUGCUGAGGGUGCUAUUGAUGCAGCUAACAUCUUGAAGCCUGCCCUCGCUCGUGGUGAACUCCAGUGUAUCGGAGCUACCACAUUGGACGAAUAUAGGAAGCAUAUUGAGAAGGAUGCUGCAUUGGAACGUCGAUUCCAGCCUGUGUUGGUUCCAGAACCCACUGUUGAUGAGACCAUUCAAAUUCUUAAGGGAUUGAGAGAGAGAUAUGAAAUUCAUCACAAGCUGCGUUACACUGAUGAGGCUUUGGUAGCAGCAGCACAACUUUCUUAUCAAUACAUCAGUGAUCGGUUUUUGCCUGACAAGGCCAUCGACCUGAUUGAUGAAGCUGGAUCACGCGUACGUCUAAGGCACGCUCAGCUACCUGAAGAAGCUAGAGAGCUUGACAAGGAGCUGCGCGGUGUCACCAAGGAAAAGAAUGAAGCUGUUCGUGGGCAGGAUUUCGAGAAGGCUGGAGAGUUGAGGGAUCGAGAAAUGGAGCUUAAGGCUCAAAUUUCUGCUAUUACUCAGAAGGGCAAAGAGCAGAUGAAGGCAGAGAGUGAGGCUGGUGAUACCGGUCCUACUGUUGAAGAGUCAGAUAUUCAGCAUAUUGUUUCAGCCUGGACCGGUAUCCCUGUAGAGAAAGUCUCUAGUGAUGAGUCUGACCGUUUGUUGAAGAUGGAGGAUACCCUUCAUCAACGAGUCGUCGGGCAGGACGAAGCUGUAAAAGCCAUCAGCCGUGCUAUUCGCAGAGCUCGUGUUGGACUUAAGAAUCCAAACCGUCCUAUCGCAAGUUUUAUCUUCUCUGGACCCACUGGUGUUGGAAAAUCUGAGCUAGCGAAGGCUCUUGCCUCGUACUACUUUGGCUCGGAAGAAGCUAUGGUUAGACUCGAUAUGUCUGAGUUUAUGGAGAGACACACUGUAUCUAAACUUAUUGGUUCUCCACCCGGUUAUGUCGGGUACAGCGAAGGGGGUCAGUUAACAGAAGCUGUUCGCAGGAGGCCGUACACAGUUGUUCUUUUCGAUGAGAUUGAAAAGGCACAUCCUGAUGUGUUCAACAUGAUGCUUCAGAUUUUGGAAGACGGUCGUCUCACUGACAGCAAAGGAAGAACUGUAGAUUUUAAGAAUACGCUUUUGAUUAUGACCUCGAACGUUGGAAGCAGCGUCAUUGAGAAGGGUGGCGGUGGCAUUGGUUUCCAGUUGGACUACGGUGAAAAGGAUUCAAGUUACAACCGAAUCAAAAGCCUUGUUAACGAGGAAUUGAAGCAAUACUUCAGGCCAGAGUUCUUGAAUAGGUUGGAUGAGAUUAUUGUUUUCAGGCAGUUGACUAAACUUGAAGUGAAGGAAAUUGCCGACAUCAUGUUGAAGGAGGUGUUCGAGCGAUUGAAGAAGAAGGAAAUUGACCUUCAGGUUACGGAGCGGUUCAGGGACCGUGUGGUCGAUGAGGGUUACAGUCCUAGCUAUGGAGCUAGACCUCUGAGACGAGCAAUCAUGAGGUUACUAGAAGAUAGUAUGGCAGAGCGUAUGCUUGCAGGAGAAAUUAAAGAAGGUGAUUCAGCCAUUAUUGAUGUGGAUAGUGAAGGAGGCGUGACUGUGUUAAAUGGUACAACAGGAUCAUCUUCAAGUACAGCUAUCGAGGCUCCUGCAGGCAUCGCCUAAUGAUCCUUGUAAAAUUGAGCCUCUAAUUAGGUGACAUUACCAUCGUCCCACCAGGCCUAGGUAUUGCAUAGACUCUUGAGUUCCUGAUGUAAACGGUACCUGAAGUGGACUUGUAUUAUUACGAUAAUGUUUGUAAAUGUAUUCCUUCAACUUUUAUAUUUCCCGUG